AUGCCUUUACAGACUUUCUCUGUCUUUCUUGAGAAGAAACGAUGUCUCAUUUUUGGCAGUCUACUGUACCUGGCGACGGGACAAGUUUUAGCCCAUCAGGACGAGGGCUGUGUCGUUCUGGGCAUGUACAUCCAAACACGCGUGGUACUUAAGUAUGCCCCUUUUGUCGCAGAUCGCCAAGCUGGAUCGAAGAGAAGGUGUGGGAGGUAUCCCUGCAUUCGCACUACAGAGCCGAAAAGUUGGGGUCCAGACACACAGGACGAGGGUAUGGAUACUAUUCUCUGGCUUACAGAAUAUUUGACUACGCUUGCCAGGUAUAGACUCAGCACCUAG